AUGUCAGACACUAAUCUGCUUCGCCUGUCUGCAGCAUGGAGGCAGCUUCCUCACAUGACGACCCCGCUGAAACGCGAGCUUUGGAAUUCUUUCCGUACGUAUAAACCCUCCUUGCAAACGCAGCUGCUCGCCAGCGAAGCUCAGCGAGAAUUGUACGUAGAGCUGAUGUCUUUUACUGGAUGUAAAACGUGUCGCCCAUUUGAUGUGAUGGUUCACGAUGAUACAGAUGACAGCGUACAAGAUCUUCCGAAGAGGUUGUCAACGAUCAUUUUAGAGUUUUUGGUCGAUCGCUUCGAUGGAGGACCCACACCGAAAGCUCUAACCUGUUGUCAGGUGCGUGAUUUUGGAAGUCUUUUAAGCACCGAGUUACCUCUGUUGAAGGUAAUUGAUCUUGAGAAUGAAACCUACUGGAGACGUGUGGUGUGGUGUUACGCGAACGACUCAUUUUCCUAUCACGAGCAAGACGCUCCAACACCAGGACGCUUCUGGAAACAACACGGCAUCGAAUUGAAGCUAGCUCGAAUGAUCGAACAACAGGAUCCUCAGUACUGGGAACUGGAAGGGCUGGAAGAAACUGUCAAAAAUGCUGCGCCAUUUGUCAUUAACCUGUGCAUACAGCAGCUUCGACCGUACCCAACUCUGGAACCGAUAGAAGAUUACGAAGCAUACACCAUUCGUAAUGCUCCGGACGAACUUUGCAAUCAUGGAUCAUUGGCCAUUCUUGGACAUCUAGUCAAUCUAACCUCCUUAUCCUUAGUUAUUGGUGUAAAAAACUGGAUAAAACCCUACCAAAAUCACUAUUCGAACUGUUCGCUAGUCGACAUUGAGAAUCUUGGCCAAGGACUGCAAAAGUUGGAAAAAUUGAAAAAGUUCAACCUUUCCCAUACUCGAUUAAAUGCACAGAAGCUUAAAAUUCUGCUCGAGAUGCUAACUCCACUCAAGCUAGAAACGAUACGCCUCACUCACUGUCAGCUUGCGACUGGUUGUGGUGGUAUUUUGGGACGAUUUCUAAGCCGCUUCCAACCGACACUCACUCAUCUGGACCUCUCGAACAAUCGUCUCGAUGCUCCCGAGCUCGAUCAGCUCUGUCCUGGAUUAAGCGUUUACCAGGGUGUUAUUGACAGACUGGAUUUGUCUUACAAUCCCAUCGGAGAGGCGGGUGUUUUGAUUCUUGGCGGUGCCAUUAAGGGCCGAGCGCAAUUGAGCGAACUGAACUUUGCCGGCUGUCAAAUGGGUGUCGAGGGAUCUUUUCGGGUAAUACAGCUUCUCAGCUUCCAUGUGACACUGCGGAAGGUUUCGUUGAACUGUGUACCGAUUAGUCCCGAGGGUGGCGAGAAACUAAUGCAAAUUUUGCUGGAAAACAUCCACAUAGAGGACGUUCAAGUACGUGACUGCGGUCUCACCGAUGAGAUGCGAGCGAAGAUAAGAAAAAUUUUAAGCAAAAAUGCUGCAAUAAGAGAUCGAUCUCCAUCAGUGAAUGCCGAUUGCACACAUCAGCAAGGUGAACGAACCUUAGCGAGUAUGUUUUUGCUGGAACGUCAAGUCUUUUCGGAAUAA